AUGAUUUUUGCAAGUACGGAGAGUUUACGCUGUUUUGAGUGCCGGGAAUACGGCCAUAAAAGAGACGCGUGUCCUCAAAAGAAAAUUUUGGACCAAGCUAGGACAAGUGAGACGGAAGAAACAUUGGUGUGUAAAGAUGUGGAGGUGAAUCAGAAGCCAGGAGAGGAAACAUCAGGCUCGGAAGAGGGUCCUGUGGCUGUGGCUGAGACGAAUAAAGACAAUGGAUUGGAGGUGAGUGAGAGCGUUGUGAGUAACCUAAAGCACGCUGACAAUGAAAAGCCGAGUUGUAGCAGUGUAAAUGGUACUGCACAUGUAAAAGAGAAGUUCGUAGAUAGUGAUGUAGGCUUACACGUCAGUGGGCAGCUGUCUGCGAGUAUAGAGGAGGAGGAGGAGGAUGUUGAAGUCAUGAUGCAGAGUCAGGAUGAUAUGAAGGAUGAUGAGAGCUUGUCAGAUUUGUUAGAUCUCUAUAAAGCUGAUGAUGAUUUGUACUCUGUGGAACAGAUAAAUGCUUUCUUGGAUGAGACUAAAGGGAAAAGGGUAGAGAUAGGAGAUUUCUUCCCUGAUAAGGAAAAAUUUUCUGGCUGUAAUCUCUCGGAUCAGCAUUGUGAAAUUGUGUCUUCAGCUCUACAAUCCUCAAACUCUGUCCUGAGAGAGCUGGAUCUGAGUAACAAUGACCUGCAGGACUCUGGUUUCAACUUCAUUUCUGAUGGACUGAAGAGUCCAAACUGUCAGCUGCAGAUCCUGAGUCUUGCUUGCUGUAAUCUCUCAGGUCAGCAUUGUGACAGAUUGUCUUCAGCUCUACAAUCCUCAAACUCUGUCCUGAGAGAGCUGGAUCUGAGUAACAAUGACCUACAGGACUCUGGUGUCAACUUCAUUUCUGAUGGACUGAAGAGUCCAAACUGUCAGCUGCAGAUCCUGAGGUUGUCUGGCUGUAUGGUGACAGAGGAAGGCUGUGGUUAUGUGUCUUUAGCUCUGAGUUCAAACCCCUCACACCUGAGAGAGCUGGAUCUGAGCUACAAUCACCCAGGACAAUCAGGAGUGCAGCUGCUCAACCACAAACUGGAGGAUCCAAACUAUAAACUGCAGAUACUCAAUGUGAAUCAUGGAGGAGAGUUCAUGAUGACAGCAGGACUACGAAAGUAUGCCUGUGAUCUCACACUGGAUCCAAACACAGCAAACACUGAACUCGUUCUGUCUGAUGGGAACAGGAAGGUGACGCGUGUGGAAGAGGAUCAGCCGUAUCCUGAUCAUCCAGAGAGGUUUGAUCAGCGUCCUCAGGUUCUGUGUAGAGAGAGACUGACUGGACGCUGUUCCUGGGAGGCUGAAUGGAGCGGAGAUUAUGCUGGAAUAUCAGUGACAUGUAAAGGAAUCAGCAGGAAAGGAAUGAUUGAUGACUGUAUGUUUGGAAGGAAUGACAAAUCCUGGAUUCUAGACUGCUCUGCUGGAGGAUUCUCUGUCUGUCACAAUAAGAACUACACUAAAAUACCUGCUGUCCAUUCAUCCUCUAAGAGAGUAGGAGUGUAUGUGGAUGUGUCGGCCGGCACUCUGUCCUUCUACAGCGUCUCUGACACACACACACUCACAGGCUUACACACAUUCAACACCACAUUCACUGAACCCCUCUAUGCUGGAUUUACCGUUUAUUUCUCCUCAGUGUCUCUGUGUGAUAUUAAAGGAUAGAGAGACACUCUGUAAAUCCUCUUUCUGAUCUUCACACACUCAAAUCUCACUUCAUCACAUUUGUAUUAAUUAAUUUUUAAUGCAUGUUUUUCAUUGUCAUCUAGAAGUUACACAUCUAGAUCAGACACACACACUGUUCUGAAUCUGUAAUAAACAGAGUAAUAAAGUUGCUUUAAUAUUCAUGUUGUAAAUUGUUCAUCAGAUUGAAUAAAAGCACAUUUGAGACUCAUUUAA